UUCUUGCAGAUUCACGGUCGGAUUUACGUUGUUCCAAGACCACCCCGGUUUUGUGCAUCAACAAACGUAUUAUCGUUUGAUUGAGACAUGCUUCCUCUACGGCCAUAUCUUGCUAUAGUUGUUGGGAUUUGGCGAUCAGUAUCCUAUGUCAUGAAUAUUCUUACUACUCGUGAGGUAGAUAAUUUUAUAUCUAAUACCUUCGGCUCUGUUUCCUCCUUAUUUUGCAGGCACCGCAUCUCCUUCGGAGGACGUCACAUUAGGAAAACAAUGGUAGCUCAAAGUAGAAUAGUGUUGUUUUGGUAUAGCACCACUUACCUUCUCCUUCAGAAAAACAAACCACAAUACCAGCUGCUGGAGGCCGCACCUCUUGACCAAAUCCAACCAGCGGUGCAGCUUGAGCUCUUAAAUACCGAACAAGAUGAACAAAACGUGCCAAAUGAAGUUAAUGAACAACCCGUAACAGUUGGAACAGUCGAAUUAAACCAGCCACCAAGUGAAUCACCGCCAAUUGACUUUGUCCUAGAAGGUGAUAAGUAGAGGAGAUAUCUUAGCAAAUAAGGGAGCGUCGUGCCUUUUCCGACCCAAUGAGCCAUAUUUUCUAUGCAACAAGACGAUUGACGAUGCUUAAUCGUGUUGCAUUAUUGUAUAUCCAAAUCAACUUAGAAAUCUCACGUAUAAUGAAGAUGCCCUUUCGUAUUUGAUCGUAGAAAUCUGGCUUGGACAUGAAUUUCACUGGGAUUUUUUCAGUUUUUUGUAUCCAGAGAAAGGCGUGAUUUGCACAUCCUUUUGUUUGUUAAUUACUCAUCUUGCAAAUGCUUUUCUAUGUUAUUAGACAUUUGUAGCCGUCGGUUGUGUUUCUUAUUCAGUAUUGUUUUUUAUGUAAAUAUAGGUUAGGCCAGUUAGCUGAGGUAGGUAAAA